UCCCCAAGUCUCUCUCCUGCGCAGAGCCCUGGCUGCGCUUCCCUGGUCUGGCACUGCACGGCGGGCCGGCCGCCAGGAUGCAGGCGCCGCACAAGGAGCACCUGUACAAAUUGCUGGUGAUUGGCGACCUGGGCGUGGGGAAGACCAGCAUCAUCAAGCGCUACGUGCACCAGAACUUCUCCUCGCACUACCGGGCCACAAUCGGCGUGGACUUCGCGCUCAAGGUGCUCCACUGGGACCCGGAGACUGUGGUGCGCCUGCAGCUCUGGGAUAUCGCCGGUCAAGAAAGAUUUGGAAAUAUGACAAGGGUCUAUUACCGAGAAGCUAUGGGUGCAUUUAUUGUCUUCGAUGUCACCAGGCCAGCCACAUUCGAAGCAGUGGCAAAGUGGAAAAAUGAUUUGGACUCCAAGUUAACUCUCCCUAAUGGCAAACCGGUUUCAGUGGUUUUGUUGGCCAACAAAUGUGACCAGGGUAAGGAUGUGCUCAUGAACAAUGGCCUCAAGAUGGACCAGUUCUGCAAGGAGCAUGGUUUCGUAGGAUGGUUUGAAACAUCAGCAAAGGAAAAUAUAAACAUUGAUGAAGCCUCCAGAUGCCUGGUGAAACACAUACUUGCAAAUGAGUGUGACCUAAUGGAGUCUAUUGAGCCGGACGUCGUGAAGCCCCAUCUCACAUCAACCAAGGUUGCCAGCUGCUCUGGCUGUGCUAAAUCCUAGUAGGCACCUUUGCUGGUGUCUGAUAGGAAUGACCUCAUCAUUCCACGAAUCGUGCCUCUAUUUUUACCAUUUUGGGUAAAUGUCAGGAUAGAGAUACCACAUGUGGCAAGCCAAAGAUCUAUGCCUCUAUUUUUUCAAUGAGAGAGAAAUAGCAAAUGUUCUAUGCUUUCCUCACCAUCAUCACAGUGUUUAUAAGCUUUUGAAAAUAUUUAGUCUGUUACAAACUUCUGUUGUGUAGCUGACCAAAAUUCUGCAGGGCCACGGUCAGCCCUGUUAUUUGCUUCUUUUAAUCAGCAAAAGCCUCAGGUCUUAAAAUAAAAGGGGAGAAGAAUAAACUAGCUGUCAAGUUAAGCAUUGGCUUAACUUGCCCUGGUGUCUCUGUCCAGAUUUCAAUAUAUUCUCUGAUGGUCUGACAGGCCUAUUAAGUAGAUGUGAUAUUUUCUCCCAAGAUGACUUCCAUUCUCGGCAGACCUGAGAGUUGCCUCUGAAUUAGCUCUUUGGAGUCAUGAACACAGGCGUGCUAUAUUUUCCUUGUCCUAAUUGUCUCUUGCUAUGGCCUGAAUGUUGGCUUAACUGAAUAUUGUAUGAAAAGACUUGCUUUCAUAUGUGCCUUUCUGUUAGCUUUCUCUGACUCAAGCUGUGGGGCUCCUCUAUACAUGUAAUAUAUAUUAUAUAUAUUUUCACAGGUGAACAACAAAAUGUUAAAAGAUGCUGUUUCCCUAUUUA